AUGCGCGUAUUCUGGCCGUCAGACGCUCCAAAGGACUCUGUGCCGGGUGUUCUGGUGGGGUUCAGAAACUCGAAGUCAGAUGUCUUUGUGGUAGCUGUGCUUCAAGAAGUCGAGUUGCGUCAAGUCGAGAACGCGCUGCUUGUCGGGACCUUGCUGCGACACAGCCCACACGAUGUCCAGGAACUACUUCAACGAUGCGGACACUCUUCCUUGCGCGCCUUGGGCUACGUCAACCCCAAGAGCCCAGUUGAGCAGCCUGAUACCGACCUCAUCGUAGUCCAUACCGACCCUUCGUUCCGCUUUCCGCGCCUUCAUCAUCCUCACGAACCGCUCGCGGCAAUGCAAGUCAUUGUAUACGACCGACCGCACCCAACGCGUAUGCAAUACCUCUCGCUCCAACCAAUCACGCUAGCACUGGGAGACAAAAGAAGGGUCGCGGAAUGGGAUGUAGCUUUCGAAGAGCUGGAGAAAGCAGAAGAGAAGGAGCGCAGAAGGAAGGCACAUCUCGUUGAGAAGCUCAAGCUGCAUACGGUGAUUGCACACCCGCGCACUCAAAAGGAGCUGGCGUUGCCGAUGCUCAUCGAGCAGGUGAACUGUUCGCACGAAUUGAACGCCCUAUUGCAGAAGAACAUCGGCAUGAUUGGCAGGCGCAUGAAGCGAGCGUUGAGUGUCAGUGAGCGGGUCGUCGAGUCUGCGAACGAUCUCUGGGACUAUAUAUGGCUUGUACUCCAUUAUGCGUUCAGAGUCUGGAUAUGGCCGGUAGCCGCACAACUCUUUAUUUUUGGGCUCAUCACGCAUCGCAUAAUGGGAGAGGCAGUCCUUCAGCUUCUACAUUGGCGGCCAGGUUCUUCCGACUCGCCAGCUCUGAAAGACAUAUCUGCAACAGCGCAACAGAUCGACAUACGAUUACAACAGUCCUGUUACUGGCCCAUUCAGUAUCUCACCUUACGAAGGAGGAAAAUCGACUGGGAAAGCAUCACUAACAGUCAUCCGGAGUAUAUCCGGUUCUACAAUAGUCUGUGGCUGGUUGCCAACGAUGUCAUAAUGGGCAUCGCUGUUGGGACAUUCAUCAUCGAGAACGCUUCGUUCGUGGCUGCUCAGGUCGAUACCAUAUUUAGUACCUGGUCAGUCGACGGUCUACGGCGCAUGAUAUCAUGGCUUAUGGGAUGGCCCGGAGGCUUGAAGUUGAACACUGAACUGGCUGCGUUCCUGGGCGACCUUUUUCUUUGGGUCAUUGAUUACUGGGCGGGAUGCAUAUCACUCCUGCGGCCACAUCUACCUGCGCUGAUCCAGAUCAUUGGCUUUUCCGCUUUCGCUGGCGCCACUAUGCCCAUCUCAAUCUUCUCGGACCUCGUUUCGCUGCUGACGCUGCACAUCUAUUCGUUUUACGUCGCGUCUGCUCGCAUCUUUCAUUGGCAGCUUACGAUAAUCAUAUCCCUCUUCCACCUUUUCCGUGGAAAGAAGCGCAACAUCCUCCGCAACCGAAUCGACUCAUGCGACUACGACUUGGACCAGCUAUUGCUCGGCACUAUUCUUUUCACACUGCAGUUCUUCUUACUGCCAACUGUGUUCGUCUUCUACUUGACGUUUGCGAGCGCACGUAUUGCUGUCAUCGGAUUGAAAGCUGCGCUGGAGAUGGGGCUUGCCUGUCUCAAUCACUUCCCGCUUUUCGCAGUCAUGCUACGACUGAAGGAUCCUGGAAGACUACCUGGAGGAAUCUGUUUCGAGCUACAAGACACGACCGAUCUUUCCUCCAGCAUGACAAGCGAGACAGGCUCACCGCCGACGGCCUAUGUGUUGCUGAAGUCGAUCCCGCUGUCACUACGCGCGAUGUUUCAACCCUAUUUCGACCUCGGCGAUCGCAUACGCAAGCACUACUUCUCGCCUAGCGUCUUGUUGUAUCUCGUGUCGGGGCAGUUUGUCCCACCCAUCCACCGCCGCAACUUAUACAGCUUGCAAUAUAGUAUGCUCCCCGCCAACAGAGCAAGCAUAGGCGAGCUGUGGAAGAAGCUGACAGAAAGGAGUGCCACGCCGUCGCACGGGCCUCACGGCUUCAACCCGGCUUCCUUCUUGACUGUGCGCGUCGGUCCUGAAGGUUCUCAAGAAGACUUUCUACUCCACGAAGGCAUCCUGAGCGGACGCUCCGAGUUCUUCCGCCGCGCAACGAAUGGCAACUGGUCUGAGAAGAAGGAUCGACUUGUCAAACUGCCUAAGGAUGACCCCAAGAUCUUUGCCCUCUACGUCAAUCUCAUCUAUAUGGGCGUGUUGUACAAUGAACCAGACGCUUCCAAGAUGACGCCUGUCAACUUUCAAGCACAUACGUUGUCAACCGUCAAGUUCUACAUCCUCGCCGAGAAGCUGCAAGACAAGCAAGCGAAGAAUGCCGCUCUGGAGACUCUCCACACAGAAAUUGCAACAGAUGUGUCAGCCGACAGACUACCCAACGCCGAGAUGGUCGAGUUGAUGUAUAAGAACACAUUGAAAGGCAGUCUUGGACGGCGCCUCAUGGUCGACAUCUGGACCUGCAUUAGCACGAAGAGUAUUCUUGAGAAGAGUGAAGGCCUCUGCAGGGACUUCCUCGUCGAUCUCGCCUACUCACUCCAUGGUGAGCGUCCAAUGCAAAAUAGAAAUUUAGCAUGUAGAAAAGGCUAUACUGCAUAUCAAGAGAAGCUUUGA